AUGGUGUGGCUCGCCUCGACGUGGACGCUCACGUGCAGCAGCUCUGCCGUCGUGCUGCCCGUGCUGAUCGAGGCCGCGCUCCUCGGCCUCGUGCUCUGGCGCACGCUCCAUCAGCUCUACUGGCGCUCGCACCCGCGUCGCGUGGCGCUGCAUGUGGUACUAUUACUGACGUGUGCCAUGCGACUCGUGUUCUGGCUGUCCAUGUGUACGCCCCGCGUCCUGAGCUUUGGCGUCGCGUGUUUGUGGUGGUCCAAUUCCAUGGUCCUGCUCUGCACGGCCGCUGUGAUCUUCCAAUGGUCCAGCGCCGUCAUGGCGGGACAAGUGACGCUCCAAGAGCUGCACCGGUCCAAGCGGAUCACGGUCUUGCACCCGCUCGUGCUGCUGCACGCGAUGCUCUUGAUCUGGACCGCAGUCAUUGCGAUCGACGUGCUGACGCAUGGAUUGGACACGUUCAACAGUGUGGCAGGCUACGCGAGAGACGCAGCGUCGCUGUUGCUGGCCUACCGGGUCGUGAAUACAGCCACGUUGACAUUUGAUGCCGUUGUCGCGUGCUACGUGGCGAUGCGACUACGCGAGCGACUGCUUGCGGCGGCCAUGGCAGACGAUAUGAAGAAAAAGUCUGUGCUGCAGAUGACGCUGCUUAUGACGCUGUUGACAGCGUCACUGCUGUUACAGGUGAUCAUGGACGCACCGAUAAUUAUCUCGGGCGUCGAAGACUCGUGGUCGUCACUAAGCUUUGAGGCCUUUUGCAUCUGCAAGUAUCUGGUCCCCGGUAUAGUCCUGAGCGUGGUGUUUCUGUAUAUCAUGCGGCGGGUGGAGCAGCGUGAACCCAGGCGAACGCUGGUGGUACCGUCACGGUCACUGGUGGAGUUUGUGGAAUGCUCUUCGUCGGACUGCGUGUGGUGCGCGCACCAUCAGCGAUACCACUUGGGUCAGAACAAGUGGGACGCGACGCUCAUGACGUCGUUCUCGCCGCGAACAGUGGACUCGAGCGACCAUUCGUCGACAUAUGCCAACCUAUCACAAGGCUCGUGGUCAACGGGCAGCACGCCAGAAUUGCUGCCUACGACCCCCUAUUUGACGCACGGAAGUCAUCACCGUCCCUAUGAAGCGUAUUUGCCUCACAUCCAUGUGCACCCUGCACAUGAGCGUGUACACUUUCCGAUGCAAACGCACGGAGAUUAUGAGUCACCACGAGAUAUUUUGGGGAGACGAAUCGGCUGUUACAGCUGA